AUGGGCAAGUGUCUGAGCAAAAGCAGAGACCCAGAGCCACAACAUAAUGGGUACAGAUCAGGAGGAGGAGCUGGACAACAUUACCAAAAACCCCGUGAGCCAGUUUCUCACCAAUCCAAGGCCUCUGUUCAGCAACAUCAUCAAUUACCAGAGAAGCGUGUCAUGGCAGCCCAUCAAGAACCCCAACCAGCUUGGAAGCCGUCUGUUCCAGCCAGAAACCCCAAACCAGUUCUCAGGCCAGACACAAUUCUGGGGAAGCCAUAUGAGGAUGUUAAGUUGCACUACACCUUGGGAAAAGAGUUGGGUAGAGGGCAAUUUGGGGUCACAUAUCUUUGUACUGACAUUUCAACUGGGAGGAAAUAUGCUUGCAAGUCAAUCUCAAAGAGGAAGCUGGUGACCAAAAAUGACAAGGAGGAUAUAAAGAGGGAGAUUCAGAUUAUGCAGCAUUUGAGUGGGCAGCCAAACAUUGUGGAGUUCAAGGGAUCUUAUGAGGAUAAGCAGUCUGUGCAUGUUUGUAUGGAGCUUUGUGCAGGUGGUGAGCUUUUUGAUAGGAUUAUUGCAAAGGGUCAUUACAGUGAGAGAGCAGCUUCUGCAAUAUGCAGGUCAAUUGUGAGUGUUGUGCAUAUCUGUCAUUUCAUGGGUGUGAUGCAUAGAGACCUCAAGCCUGAGAAUUUCUUGCUGUCUAGCAAGGAUGAGAAUGCCCUUCUCAAGGCUACCGAUUUCGGGUUGUCAGUGUUCAUUGAAGAAGGAAAGGUGUAUCGUGAUAUAGUUGGGAGUGCUUAUUAUGUUGCUCCUGAAGUACUACGGCGCAGAUACGGCAAGGAAAUAGAUAUCUGGAGUGCAGGAGUUAUCCUGUAUAUUUUACUAAGUGGAGUACCUCCAUUUUGGGCUGAAUCGGAGAAGGGAAUAUUUGAUGCCAUAUUGGAAGGAGUGAUCGACUUUGAUAGUGCGCCGUGGCCAACAAUAUCACAGAGUGCUAAGGACCUGGUCCGGAGGAUGCUGACACAAGACCCUAAAAAGCGAAUUACUUCAGCUCAGGUCUUAGAGCACCCGUGGCUCAAAGAAGAAGCAUCAGACAAACCCAUAGACAGCGCAGUGCUUUCUAGAAUGAAGCAGUUUAGAGCAAUGAACAAACUGAAAAAACUUGCAUUGAAGGUUAUUGCCGAAAAUCUUUCUGAAGAAGAAAUCCAUGGGCUUAAGGCAAUGUUUGCAAACAUGGAUACUGACAAGAGUGGAACCAUCACUUAUGAUGAAUUGAAGUCAGGAUUGGCUCGACUUGGCUCUAAGCUGACUGAGGCUGAAGUCAAGCAGCUAAUGGAAGCUGCUGAUGUGGAUGGGAAUGGAGCAAUUGACUACAUUGAAUUCAUUACUGCUACAAUGCACAGACACAAGCUAGAGAGGGACGAACAUCUUUACAAAGCCUUCCAAUAUUUUGACACAGACAACAGCGGGUUUAUUACUAGAGAUGAGCUAGAAAAAGCUAUGAAAGAGUAUGGUAUGGGUGACGAAGCCACAAUUAGGGAUAUAAUAUCUGAAGUAGAUACAGAUAAUGAUGGUAGGAUCAACUAUGAGGAGUUCUGCACGAUGAUGAGAAGUGGAACCCAACAGCAGGGCAAGCUAUUCUAA